GAAGUGGGCGGGGGGAAUCCAAGGCGCGCCGACCGAUAGCGAUGAGCUGGGGCUGGAAAUUUGAGGUCGGAGACAUCGCCAGCUCGCAUUUCAGCUCCAGUAGAUUUUGAUAUCCGGAUUGUACCUUGGGGGCAUGGGCAGCGUCUGCGAUUGCUGCGUCGCGGCGUAUUGCUCGUGUCUGGCGCCCUCUCCCGCGGCCGCGCAGCUCCGCAAGCUCGAGCUUCUUCUCGCGCAGCAGCAAGGGGGCCUGUUGGAGGUGGAUUUCCAAAAGAGCUGGGAGGUCUGGAAUGGCGGCGAUUGCGAAGUACAUGGGCGCUGCUCGUUUUGUAACCGGCUUCUCUCCCAGUCCGGCAAGAACGAGCGCUCCGUGAAGAGGAAGUUUGCCAAAAUCUAUCCCGAGGAGGUGUUCUCUUCCGUCGCUUGGGAGGAGGAUGCUGUGAUUUCCAACGAGCAAUUCAGGCGCUUGAUGGGGGCCUUGGAGGCCGAGAGGGAGAUUGUGAGCGCGCUGAGCGUGGAGCUCGAGGAAGAAAGGAAUGCCGCCGCGGUGGCUGCUACCGAGACCUUGGCUAUGAUCACCAGGUUGCAAGAGGAGAAGGCUGCGGUGCAAAUGGAAGCUAGCCAGUACAAAAGGAUGGUGGAGGAGCGCACCCAGUAUGAUCAAGGUGCCAUUGGAAUGCUCAACGAGAUCCUGGCCAAGCAGGAGGAGGAGAGGAUGGCGCUGUCCAAAGAGGUGGAGAUGUACCGGAGCUCUCUCGCUGGUGGGAAGAAGAGGCCUUGCUUUUCCAGUGUGGAGAGUGGGGAUGGUGCUUCCAUGGCUGCGACUCCACAGGCGGGUGGCCAGCAGCGAGGGAAGAACUUGAUAGAAUCGUUCGAGAGGGUGGAAUCUCCUCCGAGAGUUCACAGCCCUUCGCGAGGAGUGGGAUCGUCUAGCAUGGACGUCGACGAAGAGGGCAAUGGCUCGUCCGGGAUUCACGAUCUACGUGAGGUUUCUAGCACAGGAACGACGUCGGGUGGCCGGUCCGAGCACGAGUUCAUGGAGAAGUAUGGUCCGAGAUGGAAAAGCCAUGAUUCGCCUCUCAAGAACUCGAGAAGCUAUGGCUCCGCGUCCAGCUCGUCCGGUUUGUAUUCGAGUUCCGUGAGCCGGGAUGACGAAGACAACGCCGUCGACCACAUUGUUCGUGCCUUCGCCCGGCCGCAUGGGAAGCUCAGCGAGGAGCUGAGAGAGCUGAGCGCGAGGCUUCGAGCGCUGGAAGCCGAGAGGGAUUACCACGCGUUUGGAGGGCCGAGGAGGGGCGGUGGUGGCAACGGCGAGAUGGAGAUUCUAGAGGAGAUAUCACAGCAGCUGCGGCACAUCCAAGCCUUGGACAGGAAGUCGGACGAUAUCAAGGAGUUAUCAGAGGCAUCCUUCGUUUUCUCCUUCAAGGGAUUCUUCUCGUUCAAUGGUUUGCGCCAGUCGCUCAACUCGAACAUCAACAGAUUGGCGUGCAUGUUUCUCAAGCCUGCCGAAUUGAGCUACGGAGACCAUCACGUCGGGCUGUCUCACUUGCUCGAGAGCUCGCCCCGCAAGACUCCUCGAGCGGUGCCUUGCCUGACUCGUGGGAUCAAAGUGGAGACUCCGCCGCUCUUCUCAAACUCGUCCUACGCUGUGCUCCAUCGCCAGAAUCUGGAGUGGCCAAUGGACGCGAGGGGGCGAUCGGAGACAGCAUUUAGCGGCUGGGACUACUGAGAGAUCAACCAAAAAACUAGAACAAGAGAGAAGAGAGAGGUUGUUCUUCGUUUUUGCGUGUACAUAAUUUUUGCGUUUGUAAACGUUUGGGGGUUGGAAUA